UGUCCGGACCUCGCAUUGCUGUUGAGGGGGGAGUAAAUCCAGUACUCAGAAUAACCGGAGAAGGUGCACUUUAGCUUUAUUUGAACUGUGCUGUCAUUGGUCCAAUUUCGGUGCACUGGAAACACUGGACGCUGAUUUGUGGAAACCCGGCAGGAACUUUUUAGAUCACGUGACUUUCCUAGGCGCCAUAUUGGUUCCUCUGUUUUAGUUUUAGUCAAGUCAUAUUGUGUGUGUCAACAGAAUUCAAUAUUAGUGAUAAAAUUUAUCCCUAUUUUACCUCAAGCUAUGCGAAAUCGAUAGGGUAGAUAUGUCUGAGGUAGAAGAAAGGAUGGAGGGAGUGGAGAAUACAGAAAAUGGAGACAAAAUCCAACCUGAUGUUGAAGCUCUUAAAGCUUCAGCUCGUGAAAUAGUGGAGAAAGCUGGUCAAAAUGGAGCCUCUGACCAUGCUGAUGGUGAUAAAGUGAACGGUUCAGUGGAGCACGAUGAUGAGAAAAUGGAGGCGGAUGAAAGUGACGAUGUGACUAAUGGAGAAGAAGAUGGUAUUGGGGCUUCGGCUUCGGCAGAUGAGAAACAAAUGAAGGAACAUACUGUAAACGGGAAUGGGGCGGAGAAAGCUCCUUCUGCUAAGGCGGAGGGCGGUGACGAGGAAGGCGAUGAAGUGGAAGAUGACGAGGCGGAGGAAAGCGGUAAAAACGGUGAUGUAGACAAAUCUGAUGACGAUGAAAACGCAGAAAAGUCUGAUUCGAAAGAAACCGAGGACAAUGACAAAUCCGGAGAUUCCAAGGAAUCGGGAGAACCAUCGAAAUCCGCAAAAGAGAAGGGAAACAAAACUCCUAAAAAGAAGAAACGGGUCGAAGAAAUUUCCCUGGAUGACAGUCCGCCCCUACGGCGUAGUUCUAGGAAGAAGACCCCAACCAAGUACGCCGAGCUAGAGAAGGACAUAGAGUUCGUCGUCGAGGACAACGACAUGGACAUUCAGGAGAUCAGGGACGAUGACAGUGAUAUACAAGAAGUUGAACCUGAAGAUCCAUUGGGCGGUGCAACAAUUAGUAUAACUAAAUCUACAAAAUCUAACUCCGGUAAAAAACCUAGUGUGGUGACAAUAGAUGAUUUGAAAACGCUUCAGCGACUUGCAACCUCGGCAAAGAAGAACGUUGACGACGAGAAGAAGGAGAAACUCACAAUAAUAGAUACACAGGCAAUCCUGGCCGGAAAGAUGGGAAGCGGAGUUUCCAUCACUCCAGCUAGACCUAAAUCAAGUCUCAACAUAACUUCCUUAGGAUUAACUCUUGGGUCUGGAGUUACCAUUAAACCUAACUCUCCCAAACCUUUGACAAGUUCUGUAACAAUUACGAGCACCAGCACAACCACGCUAAGUUCCUCUCCAGCCCAAAAGGAGGAGUCCUAUGAUCCCAAUUUAACAGAUGAUACUUUUGUUGUAGAAGCUCCUAGCUUUAUAGUUCCGUAUGUUUAUGAGAAGCCACCCAAAGAAGGAAUAAAGGAUUUUAUAGCGUCCAUAGAAAAACUACAAAAGGAAGCUGAUGAGAAGGAGAAAGAAGAAAAAGAGAAGGCGAAAAAGGUCAAAGAGGAGGAGAAGGCAAAACGAAGAGAAGACCGUCAGAAAAAGAGAGAUAACAACGAGGAAGUAGAAGAUGAUACAGAAGAUGAGAAGGAAGAAGAGGAAGUAGAAGUUAAAGAUGAAAAGAAAGAAGAAUCUAAAGAUUCCGAGAAGAAAGAAGAAACUGAGGAGAAGAAGAAAGAGGAAAAGGAAUCGUAUUUUACUUCACUUCUAGGCAAAUUUUUCAUGGAGCUUGGUAUGAACUUAGUUCAAGAAUACGUUCAGAAAGAUCUGUUGCAUCAACAGAAGAGAAGAGCUCACAAGGACAAGUCUGCUGCAGUUAUGCACGCGAUCAUGAGCCUGCAGAAGAACCUAGACGACAGUAAGGACCAGAACGCAAUAUUCCAUCAUGAUUUAAGGAAGUGUAAGUUCUGCUCUUUCCGAACUGAGUCCCGUGUUGUGAUGCAGCAUCACAUGGAGACUCCUCACAUGAAAAACUUUAUCUACCGUUGCAAUUUCUGCGAAUACGAGACCAAGAUCCCUCAAGAAGUCCUUUUCCACAUGGACAGUAUACACGGUGUGAAAGGCAAGCUAGAGCGUGCACCCUACUUCCAUCAAUGCCCCCAAUGUCCCUUCGAGGACAACGGCAAGGGUAAAUUAACAAGACACAAGCUUGGCUGCGAUAAAAGAUUUAAGUCUGAGUUAAAUCAGCAACCGGAGCGUGACUGGGAUCCUCCAGCAAAGAUUAAACCUCAGCCCAUUCGUCCUGGAUACGGAACAUAUAAUAACUACCUACCUGGAAAAUCCCCCAUUUCCGGAAUCCGUCCUGGGCAAAGCCUGCUUCCGAAUCGGAAUUUCGGUCAGAGUCAGAGAAUGCAGAUGAUGAACUCAAUGAACUCCAUGAACUCAAUGAACUCCAUGAACCGAGGUCAGCUGGCUAACAGAGGUCGACCUGUCGGAAGCUACAAGGGUCCUGCAGACCUGAGAAUUCCGACUCCAGGAGGAAAUCAGCAAAAUAAGAUCCGAGGAAUGAGCCCCCAGAUGUUGGCUAGUCAGCAAAUGUUGGCUGCUCUUAACUCCCAGGGAUUGUCGGUGUACGGGUCAAGUGGAAAAAAUUCACCGAGCUCGAAGGUUGGUUCUCCUAGUAUCUCAAUAACCCCGCUACCAGGUAGAACUACCCCUGGUGGAGCUGGAAAGAAGGGUAGUCCCUCCCCCUCCGUUAAACCCGGUCAACCCGGAGCAGGACAAGGGAAAGGAAACUUUGUUAUCUGUGAGAUUUGUGAUGGUUAUAUCAAGGACCUGGAGCAGCUUAGAAACCACAUGCAGUGGAUACAUAAGGUGAAGAUCCAUCCUAAGAUGAUCUACAACCGUCCACCCCUCAACUGUCAGAAAUGUCAGUUUAGAUUCUUCACAGAUCAGGGACUUGAACGCCAUCUCUUGGGUAGCCACGGUCUGGUGACUGCCAGCAUGCAGGACGCAGCUAACAAGGGUCAGGACUCAGGCAGAUGCCCGGUCUGCGGAAAGGUUUACCAGUGGAAGCUUCUGAACCACGUCGCCAAGGAUCACAACAAGACCUUGAAGCCGGCUCAUCUCUCCUACAAGUGUACAGUGUGUACUGCAACCUUCGGACAGUACAAACUGUUUGAAAACCACGUGUACACCGCUCACUCGGGAGUAGCAAAAAAAGCUGAUAAAGCUAAACAGGCGGCUGCAGCUGCUAAACAAGGAUCCGUCCUUAAACCUGGAGCUAAACCUGGACAAGGUUCAUUACUCAAGAAUUCAGAAAAAUCAAAGGACGGAGAAAGCGAGGUCAUUGAUCUAGAGGACGAGGAGGAAAUUGACGAUGUAGAGAAGGAGGUUAUUGACCUCGAGACCCCGAAGAAGAGUAAGGACGGGGAGAAGAGGGAGCUGGAGGAUGGAGAUGAACCUGAGAAAAAGAAAGUCAAGGCUAGCGAAGAGGAGAAGGAGGAGGAGAAAGAUGGUGAAUAAAUGAAACCGGAGAGAAUAAAUAAUUACGAUGACAAUCGAACAUUUAAAAUCUCUCUCAGUUGUGAAAUGAGAAUAAAGCUUGUUGGAGUAUAUAUAUAUAAUACAACACCAGGAUUAACCGGAAUAAUAAGACGUGCAUUUCCAUUGUGAUCAAAUAGUUCAAGCUCCUUGAUCAAUCAAUUGUAGAUAUGGAUCAAUUUCAAUAUUGGUUUAACCUGACCUCCCCCCAACCUUCAUCUUAAACCUUUGAUCAGUGAUCAUUAUAUUUGACUGAUUAAUCUCGUCUGGCUCACCGCUCAUAGCUGAUCAAUUACAUUCUCAGCUGAUAAAUAUCUCGGCUGAUCAAUUACACUAGGCUGAUCAAUGUUGUCUGGAAGUCAAUACAACGUACUUUUUGAUUUUAUAUGUAGUAUCAAUCUUGAUAUAUGGAGAAUAUGUUUUGAAAAUAAAAUUGAACACUGCUAA